UACAAUUUUCUAUAGACAAAGAAUAUCUCAUCAGCAUAAAAAAUGACAAAAUAGUAUAAAGAAAGAAGAAAGUCUCAACUCAACCAAAGUAAGCAAAGCAAGCCUCUAUACUCUCUUUCUUCCUUUCUUCAAAGCCUUAUUUUUCACUCUUCCAUACAUCUAUCCAUCUAUCUUCUCCAAUUUUCAUCCAAACCAAACCCUUUCUUCUCUCUUCCUUAGUUUCGGUACAAGGCACAAACAAAGCACCCUUCAUCAAUCAAUGGAAAUCAGCUUAAGGCUCCAAGACACAGAAACCCCACCUUCCAUGAACAACUCCCCAAGAAGCAAUCUGAGCAACAACUGCUGCACCAAUUAUAAUAAUAGCAUUGGCAUCCAAAUCCCCACCACACCAAAAACCAUCCUCAGAUCUGACUCCACGAAUCCUUACCCCACCACCUUUGUCCAAGCUGACACUUCCACUUUCAAACAGGUUGUUCAAAUGCUCACUGGCUCAUCAGAAACCACAAAGCCACAACUACAACAACAACAACAACAACAACAAGAUCUAGUUCAACCACAAUCAUCAUCAUCGAAGAACUUCAACAUUCCUCCAAUGAAAGCAACACCAAAGAAGCAGCAAGGGUUCAAGCUCUAUGAGAGGAGGAACAACAACAACAACCACCACCUCAAGAACACCCUCAUGAUCAACACCUUGGUCCCCAAUUUUGCACACAGCUCAGGAUUCUCCUCAUCACACCACAACAAGCCAGAGAUCCUCUCCCCAAGCUUGCUUGACUUCCCUUCCCUCACUCUCAGCAGCCCUGUCACUCCUUUGAAUGAUGACCCUUUUGAUAAGUCCUCCUCACCUUCAUUGGGAAGCACUUCCUCAGAGGAGGAGAGAGCCAUAGCUGAAAAAGGGUUCUACUUGCAUCCCUCUCCCAUGUCAACUCCAAGAGACUCUGAGCCUCAGCUCUUGCCUUUGUUCCCUGUGACUUCACCUAGAGUUUCUGAGUCACCUUCUUGAAGAAAACCGAAUUGAACCGAACCGAACUGGAAAACAGAUUGUUGUGUUUCAUCAUCAUCAUCAAGCUAUGAUAUAGAGAAUGAUUAUCAUUUGAUUUUCAAUUGAAAGGGAAUAAUCAUAAGCCAGAGAGGGUGUAGCAAUUUAUGAUCAUGUGUGUAUCAAUUCAAUUUCACACCAACCACUAAAGAGAAGUUAUGAAGAGACUCAGAAGGCAAAGGGAGGGCUAGGAAAUGAGGAUUAUUGCUUGGGACACAUUUUUACUGCACAACAGUGUACGCACUAAGGACUUGACUGUAUCCUAUGUCUCUCAUCAAAGAUAGCUGUACCCAAAAGGAAGUGAGUGGGUCAACUCAAUGAAGGUUCAAGGGGGUCCCUCUUCUUGGUAUUUAUGUAAAAUGUAGUCUUAAUUAUUUUUCUAAGCAAUUAAAACCCACAUAAAAAUGGUGAUGUGUUUUGGGUUUUGGUUUUUGGUUUUUGGUUUUCCCUUGUCUGACUUCUAUUGGAUGAAAAUUGAAAUUGGAAAAUUAUUAGUUCUCAUGUUCUCUUUCAGAUUAAGUAGUAAAGUAUAGACUUUUUUCUUUUC